UUCUCCGAUAUGUCACUUGUCUUGUCUUGAACAAAACCCCAUUUUUUCGUCGUCGUCGUCGUUGUUGGUGAGAAGAAGAAGUCGGAAGGCUGCCGCUGCUGAGGAUCGAAGAGAAACCGAUCGGGCCGUUUUAAGAAGGAUUUAAAAAAAAAGUUUUUGAAGAGAAGAUAUACUACUUCUCCUGACAACAAAAUGUCUUCGCUAUCUCGCCGUGCCUGCUACAAGUGUGGCAAUGUUGGCCACUACGCCGAGGUUUGCUCCUCUGCUGAGCGCCUUUGCUACAACUGCAAGCAGCCUGGCCACGAGUCCAACGGCUGCCCUCUUCCCCGGACCACUGAAGCCAAGCAGUGCUACCACUGCCAGGGCCUUGGUCAUGUCCAGGCUGACUGCCCGACUCUUCGUCUGAGCGGCGCCGGCUCUAACGGCCGCUGCUACAGCUGUGGCCAGCCGGGCCAUCUGGCUCGUGCCUGCCCCAACCCCAAUGGUGCCAACAUGGGACGUGGGGCCCCUGUUCCUCGUGGAGGCUACGGUGGCGGUUAUGGCGGCCGCGGCGGUUUCGCCGGCGGUGCUCGCCCUGCCACGUGCUACAAGUGCGGCGGGCCCAACCACUUCGCUCGUGACUGUCAAGCACAGGCGAUGAAGUGCUACGCCUGUGGCAAGCUGGGUCACAUCUCACGCGACUGCACUGCCCCCAACGGAGGGCCACUCAACACUGUCGGCAAGACCUGCUACCAGUGCGGUGAGGCCGGACACAUCUCGCGACAGUGCCCGACCAAGGCCACUGCCAAUGGUGACUCGAACAACGCCGCUGCCGCCCAUAACGAUGCCCCCAUUCCUGACGCUACGCCUGCUGCCCAGGCCCCGAUUGCUGCGCCCGUUGUUUAAUCACAUUUACGACUUCCUCCCCGCCGAGAUUGGCGUUCCUUUUGGCUAAUACGAAACGAUCAUUCGAUUUUUGGCGUUCAUCUCAAUCCUGAGCCUUUCCUUUUCUACUUUUUAUUUCUUAUGAAACGCUUGCAUUCAUCUAUUUAUACGGAUCGCCCUUUUUUGCCUCAGAUUAUCCCAGCUCGGUCCAAGAGCAACUGCUUACAUAUUUUUCCUACUACUGCUACAACUAUUGCCUUAUUCCAUGUUCUUGCUUUCGGAAACUGCGAAAAAGCACAACCCGUUCCCCCCCUUUUGGAUAUACCCACUUUUCAUUUGGCACCGGAAAAGACGACUCGAACGAUUUCAUGGUUUCUGAAGAGAUUUUUCAUAUAUAUUUUUGCGAUUGAAGGACUCGACGUGUGGACCCCCAUCAACAAACCUACAAAAUGGUUUUGGACAAGGAGAGAAGAGCAGGAUUGGUUACCAGGCCCCAGAAUUUGACGAGUGGCUGGAUGGAAGCGAAUUGCCACGGGUAGAGCUUGGCGAGGAAUGCCAAAAGUUGGGGAUAUUAAGGACGCUAGCAGAGCGUAUGGCCGGGCAAGAAACCAAGGCGAGUGGAUAUGUGGCGUGGGAUCAGUGGAGGACAGACUAGAAGCAAACCAAAGGAAAGAAGAAGCCUUGCAAGUAUCGGUAUUUCUGAAUAAUACGGAAUGGGGAGAAAGGAAACCAGAUGUUACUUUGUCUGUUGGUUGAUGUGUGAAUUGUUUUUGGUGGUGUACAUGCAAAGGGUUUGCGACUGCGAGGUCUUUUGGUGACCAAAAAAAAAAAAAGUAUACUGCAGGCGGACAUUUCCGUUAAACGUGUAAUAGAG